AUGGACAGCGGCGGACACCCCGCCCCACCUUCCCCCUGGGCCCGCCGAGAUCCCAUUCAGCCCUCAGUCCCCAAUCGUUUCGUCGGGUCCCGUCGGAGGCCUUCCCACCGGGUCUGUAGGACUUCACCACACCACUUUGGCAUAACAUGUCCAAGACGAUACCCAGUCCAGCAGGGCCGGUAUUCCUGUGUGCUUCCCACGCUGUGCCGGAAUGGCGGUCACAGGAAGCGUGUGCUGUCUCGCGGUCAUUCCAGAGUGGUGUGCAGGCCUUCGACAGUGAGGAUCGCUCCUCCCGGGAGCAACCUGGCUCGUUUUCCAAUAGCAGUGCAGAUCCCUAAGGCCCCAGACCCGUGGUCAAAGGAGGCUGUUCUGCUUGCCCUCGAAUGUUGGAAGAGGAAGAAAAGGACAGUGGAGGAGGAGGAAGACCAAACAUCUGCUGCUGGUCAGGAGGAGAAAAGAAGGUGCCAUAACAGCAGUGGCAGUGGCCAUUCAGCUUUGAAGCCCGAGGUGGCCAAUGGAGUCCCUGCUGCUUUUGUGCCUGAGCCUGGGCCUCUGAAGAGAGACCUCAGUUCCCAGAGCUCAGAUGGUGAACUGCAUAAGAGACCCUGCUCCUCUGCUGUGAGCUGCUCAAAGGGCACGUGCGCAUGUGGCAUCCGUAUGUCCAGCCGCAAUGCCAUUACCAGUUCCUACACUUCUACUGGAGGCAUCUCUCAGCUCUGGAAGAGGCGUCCCAGUGCCUCACCCUUCGCCAGCCCAGCCUCCUCCUGCUCACAGACACCAGAGUGUCCAGAAAAGAAGAUGAGAGAAGAGGACGGUCCUCAGGGAUUUGGCUCUUCCACUCCGCCGGUAAACAAGGAGUCCCAGGGAGAACAGACCACCACCUCGGACUUUGGAGCUACGACCCAGACCAACAGCAGCGGUGGCAGCACAACCUCAUCACACGUCACAUCUGGGGUGUCAGCAGGCCCCGCUGCCAGUGGGGACUUUGGGAUGAGCAUGUCAGCCCCCCACAGCAGCUCCACCACUAGUGCAUUCAACUUUGUGGCAGGACGGAGUGGGAGAACUGGUGGCACGGCCCAUUUCUGGGGAUGCCUGAGUGAGAACUCCCUUGGUGCAGCUGGCCAGAGCACACUGUUUGCCAUCUACGUGGCCAGCACACCUCAGAACACGUCUGUGCUUGCAGCCAUCACCUCCGGCUUUGGAGCUGUGACCCAGCACACCAGCUGUGGGACCAGUACAUCCGGGUUUGGCAGCACCAUCUCAGCGCCCUUCACAUCUAUGGUGUCAGCAGGCCCCACUGGCAGUGGGGGCUUUGGGACAAGCGAGCCUGCCCCCCACAGCAGCCCUACCACCGGGGCACUUGGCUUUGGGUCAGGGCGGAGUGGGGGAACUAGUCCCAAGAACCCCUUUUGGGGAGCCUUAAAACCGAGCUCCCUGGGUGCAGCUGGCCAGAGCACACCAACUGCUUUCCAUGUGGCCCGCACGCCUCAGAACACACCUGGGUUUGCAGCCAUCACCUCCGGCUUUAGAGCUGUGACCCAGCCCACCAGCUGUGGGACCAGUACAUCCGGGUUUGGCAGCACCAUCUCCGCGCCCGUCACAUCUAUGGUGUCAGCAGGCCCCACUGGCAGUGGGGGCUUUGGGACAAGCAUGCCUGCCCCCCACAGCAGCCCUACCACUGGGGCAUUUGGCUCUGGGUCAGGGCAGAGUGGGAGAACUGGUCCCAAGAACCCUUUCUGGGGAGCCUUAAAACCGAGCUCCCUGGGUGCAGCUGGCCAGAGCACAGCAACUGCUUUCCAUGUGGCCAGCACGCCUCGGAACACUCCUGGGUUUGCAGCCAUCACCUCCGGCUUUAGAGCUGUGACCCAGCCCACCAGCUGUGGGACCAGUACAUCCGGGUUUGGCAGCACCAUCUCCGCGCCCGUCACAUCUAUGGUGUCAGCAGGCCCCACUGGCAGUGGGGGCUUUGGGACAAGCAUGCCUGCCCCCCACAGCAGCCCUACCACUGGGGCAUUUGGCUCUGGGUCAGGGCAGAGUGGGAGAACUGGUCCCAAGAACCCUUUCUGGGGAGCCUUAAAACCGAGCUCCCUGGGUGCAGCUGGCCAGAGCACAGCAACUGCUUUCCAUGUGGCCAGCACGCCUCGGAACACUCCUGGGUUUGCAGCCAUCACCUCCGGCUUUAGAGCUGUGACCCAGCCCACCAGCUGUGGGACCAGUACAUCCGGGUUUGGCAGCACCAUCUCCGCGCCCGUCACAUCUAUGGUGUCAGCAGGCCCCACUGGCAGUGGGGGCUUUGGGACAAGCAUGCCUGCCCCCCACAGCAGCCCUACCACUGGGGCAUUUGGCUCUGGGUCAGGGCAGAGUGGGAGAACUGGUCCCAAGAACCCUUUCUGGGGAGCCUUAAAACCGAGCUCCCUGGGUGCAGCUGGCCAGAGCACAGCAACUGCUUUCCAUGUGGCCAGCACGCCUCGGAACACUCCUGGGUUUGCAGCCAUCACCUCCGGCUUUAGAGCUGUGACCCAGCCCACCAGCUGUGGGACCAGUACAUCCGGGUUUGGCAGCACCAUCUCCGCGCCCGUCACAUCUAUGGUGUCAGCAGGCCCCACUGGCAGUGGGGGCUUUGGGACAAGCAUGCCUGCCCCCCACAGCAGCCCUACCACUGGGGCAUUUGGCUCUGGGUCAGGGCAGAGUGGGAGAACUGGUCCCAAGAACCCUUUCUGGGGAGCCUUAAAACCGAGCUCCCUGGGUGCAGCUGGCCAGAGCACAGCAACUGCUUUCCAUGUGGCCAGCACGCCUCGGAACACUCCUGGGUUUGCAGCCAUCACCUCCGGCUUUAGAGCUGUGACCCAGCCCACCAGCUGUGGGACCAGUACAUCCGGGUUUGGCAGCACCAUCUCCGCGCCCGUCACAUCUAUGGUGUCAGCAGGCCCCACUGGCAGUGGGGGCUUUGGGACAAGCAUGCCUGCCCCCCACAGCAGCCCUACCACUGGGGCAUUUGGCUCUGGGUCAGGGCAGAGUGGGAGAACUGGUCCCAAGAACCCUUUCUGGGGAGCCUUAAAACCGAGCUCCCUGGGUGCAGCUGGCCAGAGCACAGCAACUGCUUUCCAUGUGGCCAGCACGCCUCGGAACACUCCUGGGUUUGCAGCCAUCACCUCCGGCUUUAGAGCUGUGACCCAGCCCACCAGCUGUGGGACCAGUACAUCCGGGUUUGGCAGCACCAUCUCCGCGCCCGUCACAUCUAUGGUGUCAGCAGGCCCCACUGGCAGUGGGGGCUUUGGGACAAGCAUGCCUGCCCCCCACAGCAGCCCUACCACUGGGGCAUUUGGCUCUGGGUCAGGGCAGAGUGGGAGAACUGGUCCCAAGAACCCUUUCUGGGGAGCCUUAAAACCGAGCUCCCUGGGUGCAGCUGGCCAGAGCACAGCAACUGCUUUCCAUGUGGCCAGCACGCCUCGGAACACUCCUGGGUUUGCAGCCAUCACCUCCGGCUUUAGAGCUGUGACCCAGCCCACCAGCUGUGGGACCAGUACAUCCGGGUUUGGCAGCACCAUCUCCGCGCCCGUCACAUCUAUGGUGUCAGCAGGCCCCACUGGCAGUGGGGGCUUUGGGACAAGCAUGCCUGCCCCCCACAGCAGCCCUACCACUGGGGCAUUUGGCUCUGGGUCAGGGCAGAGUGGGAGAACUGGUCCCAAGAACCCUUUCUGGGGAGCCUUAAAACCGAGCUCCCUGGGUGCAGCUGGCCAGAGCACAGCAACUGCUUUCCAUGUGGCCAGCACGCCUCGGAACACUCCUGGGUUUGCAGCCAUCACCUCCGGCUUUAGAGCUGUGACCCAGCCCACCAGCUGUGGGACCAGUACAUCCGGGUUUGGCAGCACCAUCUCCGCGCCCGUCACAUCUAUGGUGUCAGCAGGCCCCACUGGCAGUGGGGGCUUUGGGACAAGCAUGCCUGCCCCCCACAGCAGCCCUACCACUGGGGCAUUUGGCUCUGGGUCAGGGCAGAGUGGGAGAACUGGUCCCAAGAACCCUUUCUGGGGAGCCUUAAAACCGAGCUCCCUGGGUGCAGCUGGCCAGAGCACAGCAACUGCUUUCCAUGUGGCCAGCACGCCUCGGAACACUCCUGGGUUUGCAGCCAUCACCUCCGGCUUUAGAGCUGUGACCCAGCCCACCAGCUGUGGGACCAGUACAUCCGGGUUUGGCAGCACCAUCUCCGCGCCCGUCACAUCUAUGGUGUCAGCAGGCCCCACUGGCAGUGGGGGCUUUGGGACAAGCAUGCCUGCCCCCCACAGCAGCCCUACCACUGGGGCAUUUGUCUCUGGGUCAGGGCAGAGUGGGAGAACUGGUCCCAAGAACCCUUUCUGGGGAGCCUUAAAACCGAGCUCCCUGGGUGCAGCUGGCCAGAGCACAGCAACUGCUCUCCAUGUGGCCAGCACGCCUCAGAACACUCCUGGGUUUGCAGGUGAGAUUUGCAAUGGGCUCGGUCUGCAGUGCCAGGCGCUGUCUUAAGUGCUGACACAGUCUCC